CGCUCCGCACCGCGCCUCGGCUGGGCUGGGCUGGGCUCGGGGCGCGCCCCGCGGGCGGCUCAGCCGCCAGGUGGCGGCCGGGAGCGGGCGUUGGCGCCGCAGGCAGCCGGGAGCCAGGGCAGAGAGGCGCGGCGCGGCGGCCGGGGGCUGUCCCUCAGCCCCGGGAACGCCGGAGCGCGGCCGCGGGACCCGAGGCAGGUUCCCGGCGGAGCGGGCGCCGCUUCCCAUGCGCCGGAGGCCGCGGCGGUGCCAGCCUCCCGCAGCGCCCUGCGCCUCCUCCGCCCCGCGGCGGCACCACGGGACCUGCGCCGCCGGGGGACGCCGGAGCCCAGAGGGUCUGUUUGAUCUGCAUUGUGCUUUACUACAGUGAAGCGUAUUUUUCCCUGCAAGACACUUUGCAUUAAAGGAUCAUGGUAGACAGUUUAAUAGUUUCUUUGAGACUUCUCAGUUCACUAGCAGUGCUGGGAUUUCAGUUUGUCAUCCCACAGCCUUCAAUUGAACACAGAAAGGUUCCCCAGAGGAUAGAAGAGCAAAGCGAUGCCUCUGAAGAUAGCAGUGCAGGAAUCCCAGGCAUGUGGGGAAGUUGGGGCCCCUGGUCUGCCUGCUCUAGGAGCUGCAGUGGAGGUGUGAUGGAGCAAACACGGCCCUGCCUCCCAGCAUACUACCGCGAAAGGGGCUACCGACGGCCAGGGCGGCAGUACCCGGCCUCGGAGAGAACUCUUGCUCAUCAGAAUCCCCGCCACCGCGAGGACUCACUGAGUGCUUAUCCUGGCCACGUCAUUUCUGCCAUCCGUACGUCUGUGCCGCUUCACAGGAAUGAAGAGCAGCAGCUUUGGGCUGGCCUUCGGGCCUCUGUUUCUUCAGGAGGCCACAAUACCAGCCACCUGAGCAGGGCAGCUCUGCGAGGCAGCCGGCAUUCUCAGUCCCAGAGGCAUAACGCCAAGGCAGAAAAGAGAAGCAGAAACAGAAAUCCUAUUGGUCCAGGAAAGUAUGGAUAUGGAAAAGUGCCUUACAUUUUGCCUUUACAAACUGACACUGGUCAGCAGCCGCAGAAACUUCGGAGGCAGCGACAGUCAUCGAGGAACCACGCAUUUCAUCAGAGUCCAAGUCUCAUGAACUCUUACAGCCAGUCAGCUAGCCCUUCACUUCAACAUGGGAAUCUUUAUCAAGAAGAAGGGGGGCCUCAAGCUGGACACCAAGUCCUGGGACCCUCAGUUUAUCAGACAUCUUCAUUUCCAGUCUCUCAGAACUUGUUUCAUAGCAGUGACUCAAGCCAUCAUGGGUCUGCAUCCCAUCAGGCAGUCCAGGGUCAGCCCCAGCCUCAAAGGGCUGCAGCUAUUGUGUGCGUUGGCACCUACAAGCAAUAUAAACUCUGCAACACAAAUAUGUGUCCUGAAAGCAGCAGAAAUAUUAGAGAGGUGCAGUGUGCAUCAUACAACAACAAGCCAUUUAUGGGUCGAUUUUAUGAAUGGGAACCUUUUGCAGAAGUGAAGGGAAGUCAGAAGUGUGAGCUGAAUUGCCGUGCCAUAGGCUACCGAUUCUACGUGAGACAAGCUGAAAAAGUGAUAGAUGGGACACCCUGUGACCAAAACGGGACUUCAAUCUGUGUGGCAGGGCAGUGCAAGAGCAUUGGCUGUGAUGACUAUCUGGGUUCAGACAAGGUGAUUGACAAGUGUGGAAUAUGUGGAGGGGACAACACCGCUUGCAAGGUUGUGUCUGGAGUUUUCAAACACACGCUAACAAAUCUUGGCUAUCACAAGAUAGUGGAAAUUCCUGAAGGAGCUACUAAAAUCAACAUUACCGAGAUGUCAAAGAGCAACAACUAUUUGGCAUUGCGGAGUCGAUCAGGACGGUCCAUCAUCAAUGGAAACUGGGCGAUUGAUCGACCUGGAAGAUAUGAAGGUGGUGGAACAAUGUUCACUUAUAAACGCCCAAAUGAAAUCUCCAGUACUGCAGGGGAGUCAUUUUUAGCUGAUGGUCCAACAAAUGAAGUCCUUGAUGUCUAUAUGAUACAUCAGCAGCCUAACCCAGGUAUACAUUAUGAGUAUAUCAUUCCAGGAGACAAUGUCAUUAGUCCUCAGUUGCUUGCUCACAGGAGGCCAGGAGAGCCCUUGAAUGGUCAGUUAGAAAUGCCAGAAAGUACAAAUCAUGAUGAGGAGGAUUUGCAUAGGGAGAUGGACACUCUUACUGGACAGGCAGCUGGAACUUUUCCAGUUAUUCAGCCAGGAAGAUUUCCUUCUCAUCAGCCAGAAAACCAGGUGCCUGCUGUGCAGCCACCAAGACAAAACCGAGAGCACAACUGGAAACAGAUUGGAAAAACUGAGUGUACCACUACAUGUGGGAAAGGGUCCCAGUACCCAAUUUUCCACUGUGUAAACAGAAUCACUCAUGAGGAGGUUCCUGAGAGUUACUGUGACAGCAGCACCAAACCUAUUCCAGAAGAGGAGGCCUGCAACCUCUUCCCAUGUCCAGCUUUCUGGGAUAUAGGGGAGUGGUCUGAGUGCAGCAAAACAUGUGGCCUUGGUAUGCAGCAUCGACAGAUAUUAUGCAGACAAAUAUAUGCCAAUCGCACCUUGACAGUUCAGCAAUACCGCUGUCAUCACCUGGAGAAACCAGAGACAACCAGCACUUGCCAGCUGAAGAUCUGCAGUGAAUGGCAGAUUAGGACAGAAUGGACUUCAUGUUCAGUACCUUGUGGAGUGGGGCAGAGGACCCGAGAUGUGAAAUGUGUCAGCAACCUUGGAGACAUUGUUGAUGAUGAGGAAUGUAACAUGAAGCUGCGGCCGAAUGAUAUCGAGAACUGUGACAUGGGACCCUGUGCUAAGAGCUGGUUCCUUACAGAAUGGAGUGACAGGUGUUCUGCAGAAUGUGGUGAUGGGGUCCGUACACGUUCAGUGGUUUGCAUGACCAACCAUGUCAGCAGUUUGCCUCUGGAAGGCUGCGGCAAUAACAGACCCUCUGAAACAACUCCUUGUAACAAUGGACCCUGCGCUGGUAAAGUGGAGUGGUUUGCUGGGAGCUGGACACAGUGCUCUACUGAAUGUGGCAGUGGAACUCAACAGAGGGAAGUAAUUUGUGUUAGGAAAACUGAAGGCCAUUUCGAUGUUUUGAACCCCUAUGAAUGUUCAUAUUUGGAAAGACCUCCCAGCCAGCAAUCCUGCUACCUCAAGCCGUGUGGAUCUAAGUGGUUUCAUACAGAAUGGAGCACAUGUUCCAAAUCCUGUGAAGGAGGAUUUAGAGUUCGAGAGGUACGAUGUCUGUCAGAUGACAUGACAACCAGUACUCAGUGUGAUCCACAGCUUAAACCUGAAGAAAAAGAACCAUGUAACACACAAGACUGUAUCCCUGAAAUAGAUGAGAACUGCAAAGAUAAAUACUACAAUUGCAAUGUGGUGGUUCAGGCCCGGCUUUGUGUCUACACCUAUUACAAAACAGCCUGUUGUGCAUCCUGUACGCGUGUGGCAAACAGACAAUCAGGGUUUCUGGGACGCAGAUAACAAAUACUCUUCUCAAGGCAGCAAUGUCAAUCUUCAGAUGGAGCUUGAACAGUGUUACUGUUUUGCCUACAGCAGGUUUUAGCUUCUUAAAGAGAUGGUUUUUAUAUUGCUGUGUACAUCAAGGCACCAGACCAUUUCAGUUACAAUUACUGUGCAGUUAUGUCUUUUUAAAAAAUGUUUGUUGUAAAACCAUGAUCUUUUUAAAGCAUUAAUUUUUAAUGAUAACAUUCUUUGCACCUGCUCAUCGGAUAAUUAUUUAAAAAAUAUACCAGCCUUACUGUUGUGAAAUUAUUGUUAAAAAAAAAAAAAAAUCAGUCAUAGGCAAUUACUGGAGAUAUUUUACCAAUGUGGAUGCAACUGCUGCGUUAUUUUCUGAGUUCUUAACUCUUACAUGAUAUUUUGGACUGCCUUAAAGUAAUAGACCAAAUCAAUGAAACAUGCACGUGACAAGAACUAUUUUACAGAGAAACUAGGCCCUUGAAGACUCAUUCAUGUUCAGUUUCUUAGCACUCUAAUGUAUAUUUUUAAUUACUUCAAUCCAUUCAUAAUAAAUUAUAGUAAUGGUUAAACUUUUUCAAUUAUACUUUUAGCUAACUUCCCGUCCUCAGAUGGCAAAUAUAUGCACACUUGACUGCCAAAAUGUGCCUUCAUAUUUAAUUCAUAAACUCUUGAAAUUAUACUAUUCUACUGUAUGUUUUUUAAAAUACAUUACCUACCAGAGUGCCACUAGUGCCUAACCAAUUAAGCCUUUAAUAACUGCAGCUGUCAGUGAGAUUUACCAGGAAGUUGAGGAGACUUUGCUCAUACUUAAAAAGAAAUACACAGAGUGAUUGUUUCCACUGGCAAGGUCUCUUUCCUGUAGGGCAGUUUUUCAGUGAAUUGAUAUCUUGCCUGAUGUCUUGUCUCUGCCCUAUUUUUUAACAGCUACCAUACAAAAGUAUUGUGUCCAGACCUUGUCUGGAGACAUCACUAGUUUCUGAAGCAACCACCAACAGAUGUAGGCUUCUCUGCUUUAUAGUAGUCUGUUAUUCCUGGUGUAAGUAGUCUUUGUGAGUGGAGUAGCCAAGUAUUUAUAAGGAGAUCUUACCAGUUGAUGUUCUUCAGGUUUUGAUCACUUACUACAACAUACUUGUCAUUUUUGCUUCAUUCCAUGUUUCAUCCAUCAGAUCUUUUAAUACCACUCCCUUUAUGCUACUCAAGAAUAGCUUUUCUUAGACCUAAAGUUAGGUGGUGAUUUUUCAUUUCUGCAAUUACUAGACUCAGCCUUAGGAUGUGCUGAAGGUAAAUAGAUCACGUUGUACAAGGCAAAAGAAAGCUUUUGCAUUAUCUGCACAUUCUCUAGCUUUUACCUGUGAGGUCUUUCAAAUGUGUAAAUAAGGCUGAGGGAAGAAAGCAACACCUCUGCUCAUUCAACUGUUUAUUACAGCAUAUUGCUUUUAAAUUCAUGAUAUCCAACUGUGCAUCUAUUUCUAAGGUGCCUGCUGCCUGAAUUGAAAAACAGCUUUAAUAAUGUAUGUUAAGCCACUCCCAGUGAUGCAGUAGUAGAGUGAUUAAUGUGUCCUGCUAAUGAUUAGAGGCAUGUUUGAACCUCAUUCUGGAUUUGUACUAGAGCUCAUCCCAGAUGAUCCAUCUGUAAAUGUUCAUCUGUUUUUAUUUUGUUCUUACUGCUUGGGUGGAGACAACAUGGAAGAGAGACUGGGCCACUGGGAGGCAAAGGUUUCUGGGCAUGCUACUUAGUAGUCACACCAGUUCAUGUACUGGAAGCUACAGGCACAGAAAGGUAGAACACCUCCAGUCUAAAAGCUGCCUUGGACUGAGACAAACCUUAGAUUUUUUGAUUCAGUCACUUACGAAGAAUGUAUUUCAGCCACAAUGAACUGUAAUGUUUGGCUAAAUGAAAUUAACAAGUGUUUCCCCUAAACUUCGAAGUAUUUGUGAUUUUAAACCAUUAAUGUUAUUGGCUGUUUCUGUAUACUGUUUUUUUGGGCUUUUUCACUGUAAUUAAUUGAUGUAAGUCCUUUAGAAACAGACAUGCUAAUUAGAAAACCUUCGAUUUAAGUUCACAAAGCUUUUGCAGUCCUAUUUCCUUGGAUUAUGAAAAUUUAUUCAUGAAGGUAAUUUAAAAAUUUGUGGUCAUAUUUUAUAUUCAUUAAGAUUCUUGACCAAAGACUGAUACAGAGAAAGUACAGCAUAAACAACUCUGGAAUCCGGUAUUUGUAAAUACUGAUUUUCAUCUCAAAGUCUCAUUGCAGCAAAUCUUCACAUAGAGUGCAUAAUUUUUGCUGUUAUCUCUUUUGUGCCAAGGAAGUGUGUCCUGUGAGCUACAGUGAAAUACUUGUACUGAAAACCACGAGGAGAAUGAAAUACAGAGAAGUAAUCAGGUUUGCAAACAAUUCAUAGACAAUCUGCUUGCACACACUCUUGGCUGUGAGACAGCAAGUUAGCAAGGAGACAGGUGAUCCUGGUCUUCCAUAAAAUCUGUUGUUAUGCUCUGGAAUAUAUGGCGAUUGGGUUAUUUUACAAGGAUUAUCAUCAUGUAGGCUCCAUUAAGCUGCCACUUAAGUAAGCAAUUCAUGGGAGCUAAAUAAGAAAGAAUCUAUGCAUACAUGUAGUGCUAUAACCCUGUAUUACUCCUAAGCUGUACAGCCUUGUGAAUUUAAUGCAGUGAAUUAUGUUUAUAGAAACUAUAUAUUUCUUUUUAGUAAAAAGACAGGUUUUAGAUGUAUCAGUUAGAAAAAGAUUGCAUCACCUAACUGAACAUCUGGUGAUAUGGAAACUACUAAAGUCUUGCUGAACUUAAUCAUUUAUCAUCUUUUCUCAUGUUUCAGCAUAAUCAAAAUACUUGUUCCUGAAAUAUGAACUAAUGAACCCUUCUUUCAGCACUUUGAUGUAGAAGAACUAAUAUUACCUACACAAAGUAAGUGCUAUGCUAGUAUUUCACUGUCACACAAAGUGCACUUUUGAAAUUGUGACUAUAGCAUUUGUUUUAAUAGAGCAAUAUACCAAUUUAGGAUGAUGUCUACAGAGGCCCUGAUUUUAAUUUCAUGAUUUUACUGUAAAUCAGAGGUGGCAUUUGCCUAUGUCUCAGUCCUAGAACAUGCCAGUGGUCACCACUGAGGGAGGAAGGUGAAAGCAGCUAAUGGCCAGUAGAACCUCCGUAUGUAAAUUGAGAGUAAAAUGUGCUCUCGGUGGCUUUUCUUUCCAGUUCAUCUCCAUCCUGCAGUCACUCUCUUACGCUGACAAAGUGUUCUUCUCCUCCUAUCUCACCUCCAUCCCUUUGUGCUUUGGAUGCCAAUUUUAAAUUUUGCCUGCAUUACUGAAAAUCCUCAGUGGUUUGGUUAAGAAUCUGUUAGAAAUAAGCCCAGCUAUGAAGGGAGCUAUAUUCCUGCCAGUUCAGUGAUUUUUGUGUGUUCUUCUUGGCUAAUUUUAAAUGCAUGAUAUUAAAAUAACUACUGAAAGAGUUCCUGUUCAAUGAACCUAUGAUUACACAACUAUUGAAGUAUGUAUUGGCCCUUUAGUCUCAAAUCUCACAUAUAUUUAAAAACAAAACAAACAAAGCAAAAAACUUUACACUCAAAAAGUAAAAAUUUGUCUACCUGGUUUUCUUGAGAUCUACACUUAGUGUCUGACUAAUCUCUUUCUUAGAGCCAUUUGGUGUAUUAGGCAGAUUAUUUAUGUGCAUGUCUGUAUUUGGAACACAAAACAUGAGAUUUUGAACACUGAAAGUAAACUUCCUUUGUUCUUAGCAUCAGUUACAGAAUAUGUUUGUGGGAGCUAUAUUAGCUAUUGUUUAGAAAUUGUAUUAAAAUUGUACCUCCUAAUAUCUCAAAGGAAAAAUCAUCCAGUAAUUGUUUUUAGUAUAAUUUAAAGGAAACCUCUCAGCAUUAUAAAAUCUUAAUAGGGUGGGUAAAAUUCAGACCUAGUGAAGGAAGAAAAUUUCAUUUAAGAGAACUCACACCAGACCUGAACUUGGCUCUUUACUUAUCAGCUUUUAGCAACAAAAAGUUACAAAUGCAAGUUCCUAAGCUUCUUUAAUGCCAUUUACUUUAAUGGAUUACAAAACAAACUACCACUAUAUUUGGAGAGGAGGGGAGCUUAAUUUUGAGAAAUCAGUGACCUCACAGUGACAGUCCGUCAUUGCUGCUUGCCCGGAACUAUUUCGCCUAUGUUGUGUUUGGGUCUCUGAGACCUAGUCUUGCAAUGGCCUUGGCAGGGUGGGUGCAUACAAGCUUGUGAACCCCACAUUGAAGUUGCUUGGGCUCCACUUGGAGGAUCAGGAGGGACUGGAGCCUUAACUCUAAGGAUAUUUAAACCUGACAAAAAGUGACAGAAAAAAAAAAGAAAAAAAAAAACUUUUAUAUAUAAAAAAAUGUCUACAUGACCCUAAUAAUUGAUUUUGGCAGAAGGAUAUACUUUAUUAUAACUUAUUUUGUUGUUAUUUGUAAAUACAAGAUGUUUAUGGGAAAUAUGUAUUCUGAGCUGUGUGUAUGGAACAAGCCACUGCACCAAAAUAAUUCAAAUAUUUAGAAUAGGCAGAUUUUUAUUAAAAGGGACCUAAUAUGUAUUUAUUUACAUAUACCAUUCACAUUUUGUCCAGCUCUUUCAUUAUACUAACCCAGCUUUUAUGGAAUUUUAUAGCACAAGUAUUACAUAUAUAUUUUUGUAUAUAUGUCAUACUGUAAAUCCGUAAUAUAAUUUUCUAAACUUUCUGAUUAGCCAGUUCCUUGAGUGAAUUAAAGGAGGAGUAGAAGCAAAUUGCUUUCUGACUCGUUCAGGAAUAUGUAUCCAUAGCAAUGCACCUGAACCAGAACUGUACAGCAUCCUUUUCAUAUUGUAUGCAUUUUCUCUUUGAUGAAAAAAUGUUAACUAUUUUUGUUUAUGACUAAUUUAUUUUUUAUUAUUUGGAAAAAUAAAGUAAUUCAAGAUGAA